AUGGGCCAAUCUGGUCCGUUAUGGAGUUUAUAUCCGCUUCUUGCCAUCAUAGCUUUGUGUGAAUUCUGUUGCGGUGUCGUACAUUUGUUAUUCUGCCUACCAUUAUAUUUUCUGUGCCUUCCAAUGAUUAAUGGUGUACUCGGACUUAUGGCAUCAUUUCAUGCGAUUUUCUUACGAUAUCCGAAUAGAGUUCGACUUUAUUCAUAUCAUUACCAACUUGUAAUCGGUGCACUGGUGACAAUUACGGGUAUAUUUCACUUUAGGUUCUGUUGUACUUUCUUCUUUCUCGGAUUACCGCUUGCCAUUGGGGUUUACUCUAUUAUUCAAGGGGUGGUCUCGUGGCGAUCUCGAUGCCAUGGUUCUAUUGUCCGAAUGAUGAACGUAACAGGAGCUGCACUGGCUUUGCUGUUGUUCGCUGCAACUGCGUUCGGAAUAUUUUGUUGGUUUCACAGAGGUUUCCCUCCACAGACACUCACCAGACACUGCCACUGGUUACCGGAUAACGAAGCGUAUUGUUUACGUGUGAUACACUUCUCACAACCGUACAUCGAAUGGCUACCACCGGAAACAGAACGAGAAAUUGCCGUACUACAGCGAAUUCGGUCAACACAACACAUCCACUUGGGUGCAUUCACAUGUUGUCAGAUUGUCAGAACGAUAUCGUCAGCGAAACGAAAAGCUAGGGCGUACCCCAGAAGCGACGCGCAUUGUCCUCGCCCGGGCAAUGUGGCAAAUAUGCGAGGGUUACCGGCUAGAGGACGGAGCCGGCCAAAGAAGCUAGUCCGCCAUCGCCAGCAACAUCCAGUGCGCUUAGCAACAUUUAACGUUGGGACGCUUACUGGAAGAAGUCGUGAAUUGGCAGACAGUCUCAGAAAACGCCGUGUUGACAUAUGUUGUGUACAGGAGACUCACUGGAAGGGCUCCAAGUCAAGGGAAUUAGGCGAUGGCUACAAGCUCAUCUACCACGGCAUAUCGAAUCGCAAUUGCGUUGGUAUCAUAUUGAACGAGUCGUUUAGAAACAGCGUCACAGCGGUGGAUCGACUAUCGGAUCGCUUUCUGGCUGUAAAAGUAGAUACAGGAGAAGUGGAAUUGCGAGUCGUCUCUGCUUAUGCGCCACAUAUGGGCUGUAGUGAAGAAGAGGAGGCGUGCUUUUGGGAAGAUCUGGAGCAGUACGUCCAAUCCCUGGAAGGCGAAGAAGUACUUCUAAUCGGAGGAGACUUCAACGGACAUGUCGGUUCUCGGAAAGACGGAUUCGAGGGUUGUCAUGGUGGAUACGGCUAUGGAGCUCGUAACGACGACGGGUUGCGAAUCCUGGAGUAUGCUGUUGCAAGUGACUUGAUCAUUACUAACACGCAGUAUCGGGAAAGAAAAUCGCAUUUGAUCACGUACACCAGCGGCGGUCGCGAAACACAAAUAGAUUUCUGGAUGUUACGCCGACGAGGUCGCCGACUUCUGCAGGAUUCAAAAGUCAUCCCCACAGACCAUGUCGCUGCCCAACACCAUCUGCUCGUUAUGGAUUUGAAAAUCUCCCAUCCAAGGAAGAGACAUCCAAGGACUGAAACACAGCGCAUCAAAUGGUGGAAUCUGAAGGAUCGAAAGGAGGUAUUUUUCGCAUCCGUGGCUCCAUCAACACUUCCCCACCCUACUCGUAGUGUGGAGGAAAUGUGGUCGUCUACUUCCAGCGUUAUACGCUUGACCGCGGAGAACACUCUGGGAAAGACGACUCUAGGUAAGCCCAAAGUGCAAAAGGCUACGUGGUUUUGGAACGAGGAAGUUCAGGCGGCAAUUCGUGAGAAGAAGUCCAAGUAUAAGCUCUGGUGGAGGACACGUCAGUUUGAAGAUCGGGAUGCUUACCUAGCGGCGAAGAGGGAGGCUAAGAAGGCAGUCUCCAAGGCGAAGUCGGACCGCUACAAGGCUGUGUACGACAUGCUUGAUACUAGAGAAGGCGAGCGGGCAGUGUAUCGUUUAGUCAGAGCGCGACAUCGCUCAACGUUGGAUAUGGAACACCCCAAGAUCGUUAAGGGAGCUGAUGGAGCCGUUCUGCGCCGCCCUGGUCAGAUCCUGGAGAGGUGGCGAGAGUACUACAACCACUUUGUAACGAAGAGUUCUGUCAUCCUCCGAUCCCAACUGUUCCCAGCGUCGAGGGUCCUGUUCUACCAAUCACUGCCGUCGAAGUCAGUGCUGCCCUCGCAAAAAUGA